GCCAUGUUCUGCCUGGGCCUCCUCAUCUUGGAGCUCAAGUCUGUCAGCUGCAGCCGUCAGCUCCUGACCCGCGCGGCCACCCUCCUGAACGCUGAGGAUGAAGCGCUGGACCACCACCUCCAGAGCAGACGCAGGAGCAGCAGCAUCGCCUCAGAACUGGACGAUGAGCCCCCGUGCAUGGAGGAGAUCGAUUAUGGUACAGACAGCAGCUCAGACCAGGAGGGGAGCGUCUCUGAGCUGGACCAGCAGAUGCGCGAGUGGGCCUCCCACAAGGACGAGGGAGAGGAAGAGGAGGAGGGCCCAGGACAGGGAAGAAGAGCCGCCUUGUAGCCCCGAGGUUCAUGACAGGUUCCAUGCCUGCAACCAUUGGACUAGCAGCAGUGUUGUUUCUUCCCCAUC